UGGCAUUUCAGUCGCAUGUGAACGUCUGUCAAACGUUAGUUGAAGCCAGCUAAAAAUAAUAGAAAUAAUAUCCUGAAAAACUCGUGUACAUUCGGUUCCUUUGGUAUUCGACUCUUUAGGUGGAGGCCGAGCUAUGCGCUACUUUAUACGGAUCCGUGUGUGGCACUGUCGUCACAUGCUCAAAAUACAGCGUUCCUGCGGACCGGCUCGUUCGGAGAAGUCGCGUCGCCUGGGAACUGUCGUCUAUAGGAUUCAAAUUCGGUGCGAAGGUCGCAAGCGGCCGCUGGCGAAGGCGAGCCCAAAUGGAAAGUCGAAAAGUCACAAUGUCAAGGAUCUGAAUCCCUAUCUGCGGCUGCAGGCCAUCAUUGAGGAGCGCAUCGGCCGCAGACUGGGUGACUUGCGCAUGCUCAACUCGCACUGGGUGACACUGGACGAUACGCACAGAUACUUCGAGGUCAUUUUAGUGGAUAUCAAUUUGAAUGGCAUUCGUCGUGACGCCAAGCAGAACUGACUAUAGAAUCAGCAGCUCACGAAAUCUAGCUGAAAUCAGAAACGUAUUUAGAAUUUAACUGAGAAUAAAGAUCACAAAUAGGCAAAGUC